AUGUCGAUGACCCAGGAAGAGUGGGAGGAGAUCUCCCAGGAGCUGCCCAAGCACGAGGACCCGGUCCUGCAGAAGUACAUCCAUGGCCGCGAGGCUUUGAUUGCAGAGGAGCAGAAGCAGCGCAGCGACGCCUCGUUCCGACAGAACUUGUCGCCCAUCGCCAAAAAGGCAUGCAAAAUCGUGGCCCAGAUCCGCGAUGAGGAGCAGAAGAGGUUCUGGAAGCCCGAGCUGGAGGAGCAGAUCGCCAUCCGGGAGAAUGCCACCAUCCACCCCGGGAUGAUGUUCACCCACGCCAAGGGCAUCAUGGAGAAGACGAAGCUGUGGCAGAUUGUCCGCAAGAUGCCCAAGGGUGCCCUGCUUCAUGCCCACUUGGAUGCCAUAGUCGAGUUCGAUUUCGUGUUUGACAUCUUGCUUAGCACGCCUGGCAUCCACAUUGCCUGCACAUCCGGCAGUUUGGCCACGGAGUCGGCUCGUUCGGAUGCCCUCUUUGAGUUCAAGUUUCUGAAGUCCGAGACAGGCUCGGAUUCGAACAUUUGGAGCAAAGACUAUCAGCUAAGCACAUUUGUGCUUGCUACCAAGGCAGCAGAGAUGUUCCCCGACGGCGGAAGAGCCGGCUUCAUUAGCUGGCUCAAGAGCAGGUGCACAGUCUCGGAGGUCGAUAGUCUCGAGCAACACCAUGGUGUGGAUCAUAUCUGGAGGAAGUUCGAACGGUGCUUCUUGAUUAUCAACAGCAUCCUCCAUUACGAGCCCAUUUUGAGACCUUUCAUGCGACGACUCAUGAGUCUUUUCUAUGCUGAUGGCAUAGACUGGGCUGAAAUCAGAUUCACCUGGCCACUGAACUACUGCCGAGAAGGCUGUGAAACGCCCGAGUCAGAUUACAGCCAUAUGUUCACGGUCAUCCAGGAUGAACUUACAAAGUUUCAGUCAUCCCCAGAGGGAGAAGGCUUCUGGGGUAUUCGCAUGAUUUGGACGACUCUGCGCCGCGUUGACACAGAGACCAUGGUCAAGAACAUGGACUGGGCUAUCACAACGAAGAUAGAAUUUCCGCACCUGUUGGCUGGCUACGACCUGGUAGGGCAAGAGGACGCCGGGCGGCCUCUCAAGGACGUCUUGCCAGAGCUCUUCUGGUUCCGCAAGCAAUGCGCGUCCGAGGGCGUAGAGAUGCCCUUCUUCUUCCACGCGGGCGAGUGCCUGGGCGAUGGCAAUGACACGGACAACAACCUCUUCGAUGCGGUGCUGCUGGGCACGCGACGCAUCGGCCACGGCUUCUCGCUGUACAAGCACCCGCUGCUGAUCGACCUCGUCAAGGAGAAACGAAUCCUCAUCGAGAGCUGCCCCAUUAGCAAUGAGGUGCUGCGCCUCUGCGGCAGCGUGCUCUCUCACCCCCUGCCCGCGCUGCUCGCCCGCGGCGUGCCCUGCGCCCUCUGCAACGACGACCCGGCCAUUCUCGGCCAGGACACCGCCGGUAUGACCCACGACUUCUGGCAGGCGCUCCAGGGGUGGGACAAUCUCGGCCUUGCGGGCCUGGGCUCCCUCGCAGAGAACAGCAUUCGUUGGGCAGCUUUCGAGGACCAGAACGCUGAGGAGUGGACGCGGGAUAUCAAGGAGGCUAGUCUCGGCAAUGGCGUGAAGGCGGAGCGGUUGAAGGAGUGGGGAGUCAAGUGGGAGCAGUUUUGCCUCUGGAUUGUCACAGAGUUCGGCGAACAAUACGGCGAGAACUAG